AUGCCUGAAUACGCUCAUCACCUACGAGCUUUAUUUGAACCAAGUGACACUAAAUUAUUAACUUCAUCUUCUACUACAAAACUACUAAUUGAAUCACCAACAUUAGUGACAGCUUUAUCUCAAAUAUUUCCUUAUUUAUUACUAAUAGAUGGGUUUUUGGAAACUAUAACUUGGACUAAUGAUGAUCAUUAUAAAAACUUUUUAAUCAUGACAAUAUAUUCUUGUUUGGUAAUGUAUUGGAGUCUAAUCAGUCAUUUUAUUAUACCAAUUCUAAUGGCAGUGUUUUUCGCAAAUAUUGUAUGGCUGAUUAGCUCAGUAAUAUAUGAUUCCAAGUAUGAUGAAAAACCUACAAUUGAAGAAGUGAUAUAUACCUUACAUAAUAUAACAAUCAGGUGUGAAAUGAUAUUAAGACCAAUCAAACAUUUACCAUUUACUUUCAAAAAUUUUACAAGAUUAUUCGUGGGUACUAUUUUGAUCACCCCAAUCCAUUUGUUACUUGUUAAAACUGUUUUACCUCCCCAAAAAUAUUUAUGGUUUGUUGGUUUAUUUAUAUUCACUUUUAAUAGUCCGUAUUCAUAUGCAAUUAGACAGUUAUUAUGGAGAUCAUUAUAUUUAAGAAUAGCAAUAGUUUAUAUAACGGGAUUAGAUAUAAAAGUUUCAAAGUACUCCAAUUCAACAGAAUUUACAGAAGUAUUUGAACAACCACAAAAUAGUCCUGCCACCACCAACACAACAAUAACAGAAUCAGGAAAUCAACAAAAUAAUUUGCCAACAUUGUCAAAUUUUAAAACACUUAGCAAAAAGAUGAUAUCACCAACUCAAUUAAAACAAACGGUAGUAUUUGAAAUUUUAGAGAAUGAAAGAAGAUGGUUAGGAAUUGGAUGGUCAACAUUAUUAUAUCCUAGUGAAAGAAGUAAUUUCUGUUAUAAUAAUACGUUUCAACCAGCUCCAAAUAUUUUACAAGAUCAAGAUAAUUUCCCAUUUCCUAUAUUUGAGAAUGAUGUUUAUGCUUAUCAAUGGGAAUGGACUGAUGAUUAUUGGAAAGUUGAUAAUGAAUUUAAUAAAGGUAAAGGUACAGAUGGUUGGGUUUAUUAUGAUAGUAAUUGGGAACAUCCGAGAUAUACUGAUGGUUUUAGUAAAUAUACAAGGUCAAGAAAAUGGAUAAGGAUUGCUUCUUUAGUAAUCGAUAAACACCAGACUGUAUAUGAUGAAUAG